AUGAUGCCACUACCAGAUCCAACGGAACAAGAGAUGCUAGAACGUACACAAACAAGAAUCAACUCACCACAGCACGAUGCCGAGCGUUGCACAAUACCAUCUUCUUGCAUCGUGGAUACUUUUUGCGAGACCAAAGUGAGAUUGUCUCCAAGAAAGAGUUGCCUCGCAUCCAAGAGCUCGAAAAAGAAGAAGAGAAUUUCAAUGGGAACCAUGCAGCAAGAAUGUACGACGUCGCAUCAUGUGUUCUUUCGUCAAACAAGUCGAUGGAAAGCUUCGGAAGCAACCACUGAUAGUGUGCCUCGAGUACCACGCCGACCAACACCGCAGCAACCAUCUUCUGACUCGGAUAACAUUGAUGAAGCAAUCGCUAACUUUGUUUCGAACCUCCGAAUAGAAGAGGGAAUGUCCAGAAACAGCCUGGUCUCCCAAGCCGCCUGA